AUGACUGGUGUAGAGGCAUUUGUUGAAAAAUGCCGAGAUUUAAUUGAACUUGAACGUGAAGAAGAAAUAAAACAAUCAACAGAAGCAUUGAAAGGCCAACCAACAAAACGUCUUGCUGAACGGGGAUUAUGUCUAACACGACUUCGUUUUCAAUAUACAUAUACAGGUCUAUAUGGUCGAGCUAUUCUUGUUUUUGAAGGCGAAUCUCUUUCACGUGUUCAAACAUUUGGACCAGGUGAUAUUGCUGCUAUUUACCAACAAGGACAUUCGAUUGAUGAACAAAUUUCGUUAGCUCGUGGUCUCAUAUUUCGUUUAACAGCAAAUACAAUACAUAUAGCUAUUGAAGACAAUGAUGAUGAACAAUUUAAUUCAUUAGGUGAUACCUGUCUUUUUAUGAUUAUUAAAAUGGCUAAUGAUGUAACCUAUCGACGAUUAAAACAUGGUCUUACAUUAAUGGUAAAACAACGUCAAGGAAUUGCCCAUCAUUUACUUGAUAUUGCAUUUGAUAAUGCUGAUCCAAUUCCAUCAAAUUUUUCUGAGAGUACUGGUCCAUCACAAUGGUUUAAUGAAAAUCUCGAUCAAUCUCAACGAGAAGCCGUUAGUUUUGCAUUAGCUUCACGUGAUAUAUCCAUCAUUCAUGGUCCACCGGGAACUGGUAAAACAACAACAAUUGUUGAAUAUAUCUUACAAGAAGCAUUAAAACGUGAUGCAAAAAUUCUUUGUUGUGCAUCAUCAAAUAUAGCUGUUGAUAAUCUUGUUGAACGUCUUGGAAGAAAAAAACAAUUAAAACUUAUUCGUCUUGGUCAUCCAGCACGUUUACUUGAAUCAAUACAAUGUUUUUCAUUAGAAUCAAUUGUUAUGGAAAAUUAUCAAGAUGUUAAAAAUGCUAUACGUGAAGAUUUAAAUCAAUGUUUUAAUAAAUUGCGAAAGUCAACUACGGAUCGAAGUGAACGUGAACGUCUAAAAAAAGAAAUAAAAAAUUUACGCAAAGAUAUUCGACUCUAUGAAGAAAAAGCUAGCCGAGAAGCAAUGCAAUCAGUUAAUGUUAUUCUUUGUACAUUAACAUCAGCAACUGAUGAUAGUCCAUUAAAAUUAUUACCACAAAAUCACUUUGAUUUAGUUGUUAUUGAUGAAUGUUCUCAAGCUCUUGAAGUAGCAUGUUGGCUUGCUUUGCUUCGCGCACCGAAAUGUGUUUUAGCUGGCGAUCAUUUACAAUUACCACCGACAAUCUUAAGUGAAAAAGCUGCAAAAGAUGGUUUAGCGAUUACACUAAUGCAACGAUUAACUGAACAAUACGGUGAUAAAAUAACACGUAUGUUAACAAUCCAGUAUCGCAUGAACGAAGCCAUCAUGAGUUGGUCAUCCAAUGAAUUUUAUGAAGGAAAAUUAAUUGCUGAUGAAUCAGUUAAAUCUCAUCUUUUAAAAGAUUUAUCAAAUAUUUCAAAACGUGAUAGUGAAUGUGAAAUAGAUGAUGAAAACUUAUCUCAAUGUCCACUAUUUCUUAUUGAUACAACAGGUUAUGAUAUGCCAGAAAUAUCUUGUGAUGAUGAAAAUUCUCGUGGCAAUGAAGGUGAAGUUGCACUUGUUAGUAUUCAUGUACAAGAAUUAAUUGAAAACUAUGGUGUAUCUAUUGAUCAAAUUGGUGUCAUAACACCAUAUAAUAUGCAAGUACAAUUAUUACGUCAAAAACUUUUAAAUAAAUAUCCAACAUUAGAAAUCAAAUCAGUUGAUGGUUUUCAAGGACGAGAAAAAGAAGUUAUUAUUAUUUCAAUGGUUAGAUCGAAUUUACAUGGUGAGGUUGGUUUUCUAUCAGAUUCUCGUCGAAUCAAUGUUGCUAUCACACGUGCACGUAGACAUUUAUGUAUUAUUUGUAAUGUACAAACAGUUAGUCAUGAUCCAUUUAUAAAACGACUAAUUGAUUAUAUGCUUGAGAAUGCACAUGUUCGCUCGGCAUUUGAACUUAUUGAUGACAAUAACUUUUUUCAAGGAACAAUUUUAUCCAAAAAGUCAACAGUAUCUUCUAAGACUAAACAAACAAAACAACAAUUGAAAAAAUCUAAACAACAAAGUAAUCAACGUUCUGAAGCAACUAGUACACUUGAAAAUGUUCUUACUAAUAUUCUUGAUCAACGUAUUGAAGCUUUUCUUAAUGAUCCUAAUGUAGAAAAAUUACAAUUUGAAGAUGGUCUAUCACCAUUUGGUCGACGUUAUGUACAUGAACUUGCUGAAAAACAUAAUUUACAACAUAUUAGUGACGGUGUUGGCGAUCAAAGACAUAUAACUAUUAUGAAAAAAACUUCAGUUGAAACUAUUACAACAAAGAAAAUCAUUGAAAAUAAUCAAGCAGAAGAGGAAGAAGUUAAUGAUGAUGAUGAUGAUGAUGGAAAAAUGAAUGAACAAUUCCGUUCAUUUUCUUUAUUAGAAGAAGAAAAGAAAAAUUCAAGUCAAAUAAUUGAUAAAAGUACAAAAUUAUCAAAGAAAAUUUCUGAUCAAGAUUUAAUAUCAACAGAAAAGGAAGAAAAUAGAACUGAAUCACCUAUACUAGAUACUGCUAAUCUUUGUCGAUAUUGUCAUAAAGAUAUUCCACCGCAGAAUCGUCAGUUACAUGAAAUAUAUUGUCAACGUGUCAAUCCAUUAUCUUCAGUGGCUAUUUCAACUACAAAUGAAACAUCUGAAACUGAAUCUUCGAAAUUAAAUGUUGCUUCAGAACGUCCUAAAACUGUUAAGAAAAAAGAAAAUAAAUUAGCAUCAAUGAAUGCUGAAGCACCUAUUAAUGAUUUAUUGGAAGCAGCUCGUCAACAAGAUAAUAUAUGUAAUGCACAUCGCUGCAAAGUAAAAAUAACUUUAUUAGGGCAGCUUUGUUCAUAUUGUAAUCGUCGUUAUUGUUUUGAACAUUCAAUGCCUGAAGUACAUGGUUGUGGUCAUCAAGCACGUAAAGAUAUUCGACAAACACACAUUUCAACCCAUGCAAAUGUUAGACCUGUUUAUGAAAAUUCGUCGAUAAAAAAAGAAAAGAGACCAUACUUAGAAAGAAAAUUGCAAGAUAGGAUUGCAUCGAAAGAAAAUGAAAGAAAGAAAAAACAAAACUGA